UGGACCAUGAGUUCACAUUAUCAGGCCUUUCUCAAUUAGUUUUGAGAAGUCGAUUUUUUAAAAAUUUGUUUGUUGAGAGUGCAAUGCUUUUCGACGUUUGGUUGUAACAAACUUUUCUUUAAAACAAAAAGAAACAAACAUAUUAAUAUAUGUUUAUCGCAUUAAAAAGAGUAAUGUAGUUGAUAUUCCUAAGUUUCCUGCGUUACGGUGCAGGCUUCGAUAUGUUCGGCCGGAAACUGAGAGUUGUAUUUCCUGUUUUGUAAUUCGCGUUUCUUCUUUAUUCGGUAGCUAACUGAAAAAUUAAGUUAUUGUUCAUUUUGCAUAAAACAUGAAGCAUCAACGUGAUAGCUAUAAAUGGAUUACCAUCGCAUUGUGGUGGAUAAUAUUUCUACAGUAUGCAUCAGCUCAGUUUGAUGAAACUUUUACCCUUCAAAAUGUGUGGGGACGAUUACAACCUGGAAUGCGAUCGCUCAUCCAAUGUCUGAACGAUGAAAAUCAUAAGAAAAUCAAAUUCUCCCGCGCACUGGAUACGGGACAAGGCACCAGACUGCCGCCUUCUUCUCAGCAGUUUCUGCAGGGCAAGCCCGUGUUUGCCAGGAUUCUAUUCAUGCCGGAACAAGACGAAAUGAAUCGCUUCGGUGUGUUCCAAUGCAAAUUUGCAAAGAAGAAUAUAGAAACUAAAAUUGUGGCAUUAAAAUUACCACCUGCUAAUUUAGUUGAACUGGAUGCUAUUUCUCCCUACAAUGUGGCCAAUCUGGGUGAAGAUGUAGAAUUGGAAGUCAAUGUCACACAAAAAUUGGAAUUGCCUGUCAAAUGGAUGCAUAAUGGAAAAGAAGUACCGGAAUGGGAUGGACUGCUCACAGUGCAGUUAACGGAUGUGCAGCCAAAAAAUGCAGGAAUUUACGAGUGCUUCUAUGAUGGUAGACGUGGAGAAGGUGUUCAUGCCUUGAUGAGACUUAUUGUCCGAAGUUGUCCCGAAGAUUUGUAUGGUGAGAAUUGUGAUAAAGAGUGCCCGCCUUGCUACAAUGGAGGAAUAUGCCACGACAAAUGGGGAGUAUGCGUUUGUCCUGCCGGGUUUGCCGGUGUUAACUGUGAAACACCUUGCGGUGGCAACCACUUUGGAGCCGAUUGUAAUAAAUUCUGUUCUCCUCCACAAAAUAACAGCAACACCGAUGAAUUGUGUGCCUUGCAUCUUUUCUGUAAGCCAGAUCCAUACGGUUGCUCUUGUGCUCCAGGCUUCAAAGGUUCUAAAUGUAUGGAGCAUUGUGAGCCUGGAUGGUAUGGAGCUGACUGCAAACAACCCUGCCACUGUGCUUAUGGUAGCAGUAACUGCAACCGUAUCACCGGUGCCUGUGAUGGGGGUUGCGCUAGGGGAUGGAGAGGCCAUUCUUGUCAGAUUGAAGAUGCUGAUUCUAACAACACUUAUAUCGAGACUACAACAAUGUCAUACUGUACACCAGGCACGUACGGUCCGAGCUGUGAAAGAUUCUGCCACUGCGCCGCCAACGAACAUUGUCACAUUGUUACUGGACAGUGUCCAUCGGGAUGCGAAGACGGUUGGGGUGGUCCCACUUGCGGAAAUUGCCGCAGCGGGCGUUUCGGCGAGAACUGCGAGUCCACCUGCCACUGCGAGGGCGGGCACCACAAUUGCGACAAGGAUGGGUUCUGCUACUCAGGAUGCGAAGCUGGUUGGGCUGGAUUCACCUGCCAGGCUGAAUGUGCGUCAGGACGUUUCGGUCCAAACUGCGCCUCGACUUGCCACUGCCAUGAAAAUUCUUCGGCCCCCUGUGACAAAGUGACGGGAGAAUGUCCGGGCGAUUGCGAAGCAGGGUAUAUGGGAAAGGACUGUCAAACUUUGUGUCCACCAAACACGUAUGGUGUGAACUGCGUGAACAAAUGCGUGUGUUAUAAUUUGGCGCAGUGUAAUCGUGUCGAUGGCUCGUGCGCUUGUGAUGGCAGAUGGAGAGGACGGAUUUGUAACGAAAGUGAGCCUCAAAUAGUGGCUGCAACGGACGAAGAGGGAAAUGCAGGUCAAAAUGCGUUUCUAUCAUGCACAGCUGACGCUGUUCCAGCACCACAGAUGAACAUAACAUACAGUGAUUUUCCCGGCAUUGCUUCAAGAGUUAGUAUCAGGGAUUUGGAACAGAACCAGCAACAGGCCGUCAUCAAGGUCAAGCCUGAAAAAUCAGGCGUUUACGACUUUCUAUGCACGGCUCGAAAUGAGCAUGGCUUCGACAUGAAGAAAAUCACGUUGACUGUCGUAGAUCCUCCUCGACUAACGUCGCCGCCAAUUUUAGAAGACAAAUCCAACACUUCUUUAACAGUGACAUGGAAGUCAUGGGAAUAUUCCACGGAUGAAGGAGGAAUUCCAACUGACAGGGUGGAUUAUUUAGUGCUCUACAGACAAAAGGGAUUUCACGAAUGGAUUAAACUCGGAACUUGGAAGACCCCUUUGACCGGACACUUUGAACCGGAAGUCACUAUUGAGGAUCUAACACCCAAUACUGUGUAUGAAGUUUCAAUAAAGUGUCGACGCAAAGGGGAAGGUGGAACGGGGGAUCCUGGACCCAUCUUAGAAGCGAAGACAGAAUGUGGUGUUGCCCUCCCCGAUGGAAUCCCUCAGGAGUUUUUACCAGAAAAAAUAACCCAGACAACUGUAGCAUUAACUUGGAAGAAUCCACCAGAAUCUCUGCUGCAAUGUCCCUUGACUUCCUACCGCCUCACCUACUACCCGGAGGCCUUCGAGAGCAUUAUGGAAACCAUAGAAACGGACGGGGUCCAGACUUCCAUCGUCAUCGAAGAUCUAACACCGCACAAGAAUUACGUUGUCAGACUUUAUCCAGUCACCAAGGUGGAGGAAUCAAAGUACUAUGCUGAGCUGAUCAUCAAAACUUCGGAAACGGUGCCUGGCCCAGUAUCAGAUUUAGAAAUCAACCUUGUUGAUGAUAAACCUGAUCUCUUGUUGGUGUCUUGGGAAGCACCUUCGGAAGAGUUUGGUGCUAUCAAAGGCUACGUGGUCACUACCAUAUUGCUAGACAGAGGACAGUGUGGAGGCCCCAAGGAACUGGAGGAACUAAGCACACGCCAGAUUCAUUCUGAUGAUACUGAAAUUACAUUGCAAAAUCUCUACCCGUACUCGGUUUACAAUAUCAGCGUGCAAGCGAAAACGAUGGCUGGAGUCGGGGAACCAGUAUCAAAGAAAGCGACAACUUUGGAAUCAGUUCCGAGCGAAGCACCGCCGAAUGUGAGAGUCAUCUCAUCCUCAAAUGAUUCUUUGGAAUUCGCCUGGGACCCUGUUCCUUGCAAGCAUGCCAAUGGGGACAUCAUUUACUAUGAGUAUACCAUAGUGCAAAAUGUCGAGACUCCUGUAGGAGGAACUAUUAGGAAGAGAAAAUCGUUGGAAAAUAUCUUCGAUCCGGUACCAGACCUGCAGGUCAAAAUAUCCAAUCUGAAGCCUUUUACGAGCUACGGUUUCAUGGUCGCAGGCGUCACUGGAGUGGGAAGAGGCCUGCUUUCAGACAUCGUUUCUCACAAAACUGAAGAAGGAGUUCCAUCUGAACCUCGACUUCUCAGCACAACCUCGGUGACAGAAAAAGAAAUGGAAAUCUCAUGGACGGAGCCGGAAUAUCCCAACGGCAUUAUCAUCCAGUAUCAUGUCACAGUUUGGACUGAGGAUUUCUCAAAAAAAGUCUUCAAAACUGAGACUCGCGCUGAAUUCGCUGACAUUUCAGGACUAAAACCAGCCACUCAAUACAUCAUUCAAGUAAACGCUGAAACAAAAGCUGGUUGGGGAUCGCCGGCUGAACUUAGUGAAAGGACUCUAGACGGAGCUCCUGGUGAACCCUCACAAAUUUCUGUCACAGAGAGCUUACAAACGAGUAUGAAUGUGUCCUGGAAAGAGCCUCUAGAGAGUAAUGGGGUCAUCGUUGGUUAUAAAGUAAGAUAUCAGCCUCUUUCAACACUAGAUCCAGUAUUUAAUAACACUCCAUUCAUUACAAAAGAGAUUGACAUCGAAGGCAACCAAACUGAAAUUGUGCUGACUCAUUUGCAUCCGAGCACUCAGUACUCUAUCCAUGUAACCGGGAAAACAUCUGCUGGUUACGGCCCACCUGCUUCCAUUAUCAGCUGGACGGUUAUUUCGGGUGAUCAUGUAUCGCCUUCUUUGAGAAUGAUUGAGAUUGAUGCAACAAAUGAAACAAUUCCAAUUGUUUUUUCCACUACUGGGAGCAAUUCUGUUUACAAAUAUCAAGUAAUUGUCGAGGACGCAAGAAACAAUGUUCCAAUCGACGAGUCUCUGCUCAGUGAUUUCGACACCGCAGUGGUACAAAAAGGACUGCCCUAUUACAUCGCAGCUGAACUCGACCCCAGCAAUGUCUCUCAAACAGGAGAGCAAACGUUUGUGGUCGGUGACAAGCAGAUUUGGGGAGGAUACAAGAACGUUCAUCUGAACCCUGGAUACGAAUACAAGAUUAGAAUUCGGACACUUGUGGUAAAAGAUGAGGAUAUAAAAUCUGUUCUUUCAAAGCCUGAAAAUAAAACUGCAGGAACCAUGGUACUUCGAAUGGAUCGGCCGAAAAGAAAAAUCUUUGGUAUCGACCUUCUCUUAUUUAUCCUCAUUCUGAUUGGAUCGUUGGUGGUUCUUACUGCUGUUACUUUUCUCACUAUCCUUGCCAUAUGCUACAGAAGAGAUAGAAAGCAAUCCACCAACUCAUUUUCUACAAAGGAUUCCGGAUUAUCAGGAUCGAUGACUUGGUCUGUGAUGUACAAAGUACCGAAUAUUCUGCCUGAGAUCGACGAGACUCCCCUUCCAGAGGGUUUCAGGACUCUUCCAAUGACUGAGAAACACGCUUCGCUCAAAAGAAGCAAAAGUGACAGCAAAAUUGUUCGAGGCCUAAGAGUAGAAACCCUGGAAGAUUAUUUGACAAAUGCGAAGUCUAGCAAUUUAUUGGCAGAAGAAUUCAAGAGAUUAGUUGAUGGUCAAAUAAGCUCGUGGACAGUGGCUCGGAAAAGUGGAAACUUGAAGAAAAACCGCUAUGGAAAUAUAUUACCAUAUGAUCGCUACAGAGUUGUGCUCAACACAGACUCAAAUAAAGCAGAUAAUGACUACAUAAACGCAAGCUACAUAGAUGGAUACAGAAGACCUCGGGAAUACAUCGUUACUCAAGGUCCAUUAGAUAAUACAGUUGUUGAUUUUUGGCGCAUGGUUUGGCAGGAAAAUUCUCCUGUCAUUGUGAUGCUUAUGGAACUUGUAGAAAAUGGAAAAAAGAAGUGUGCGAAAUAUUGGCCUGAUGAUUCCAUGGAUUGUGGUGACAUGCAUAUACUUCUGAUACAUUCCGAGCAAUACAAGGAUUUCGUCGUUCGAACAAUUCUUAUGAGGAAGAUUGACGAAAUAAGAACUCAUCGAGUUAUUCAGUAUCAGUACACAGGAUGGCCAGACCAGACGGUGCCUCUAAACGUGAAUUCUUUGAUAAAAUUCCUGAAAAAAAUUCGAGAUGAUCAUCCGGUCAUGGGAGGUCCUAUGGUUGUGCAUUGCAGUGCGGGUGCAGGCAGGUCUGGAACUUACAUAGCCAUCGACGCUCUGUGUCAGCAAGCGGCAGAAGACAAGAGAGUGGAUGUCUUUAGAUUUGUCAACAAUGCCAGGCAUCAAAGAGUACAUCUUGUACAGACACUGGAGCAAUAUGCAUUUAUUUACGAAGCUCUUGUGGAAGCACUGCAGUUUGAAGACACCACCGUACCAUUAGAGAAAAUCGGCAAUUACUUGAAGGAGCUGAAUCACAUCAACACCGUAGAUCGAAGAUCUUUAAUACUGAAACAAUACAAUAAACUGAAUAAGUCCCAGAAAAAAGUUGAUGUCAGUCGUUGUUCCGUCGCCCUGUCCGAAAUCAACAUCUUCAAGAACAGAGAUCCACUCACAGUCCCAAGAGACACCGCACGCAUCGUAUUAGAAUCAGAAGACGAUGACGAUGAACGGUCGGAUUAUAUAAAUGCCGUUUACGUUGAUGGGUACUUAAAACCGGCGCAAUUUAUUGCCACACAGAUGCCCAUGACGCAUACUGCUGAAGAUUUCUGGCGUCUCAUCUAUCAGCAGAGGUCCUCUUUCAUUCUCAUGCUGAACGGAAGCGACGAAAACGACGAUUUGCGUCUGAAAAAUCACUUUUGUGCUAUCAUGGUAACAGACAACAUGUUAAACUCGCCACUUUCUCUCGCACAGAAUGUCGGAAUCUACUGGCCGGAGCUCGGUGAGUGUUCCUUCGGUGACAUCGAGGUCCAGUUGGUCACCUUCGAAGAACAGGGGCCCUUCACUGUCCGCAUCAUGAGACUUUCGCAUAAAUACAAGGAAGAAGAGCCUUUGAAGAUCAUUCAGCUUCAGUACAAUGGAUGGACAUCAGAAAUGAAACCUGCUUCCGUUGUAACACUAGUACAGACAGUGGAAAUGUGGUACCAGCGAUCGGCUGGGGGACCCAUUACAGUACAUUGCAUGGACGGAGCUACAAGGACGGGUCUUUUCAUAGCCGCCACUCACGUCUGUGAUCAAGUGGAAUCUGAAGGCAUCUUAGAUGUUUAUCAAAUUGUGAAAAGCAUUCGCACCAAUAGACCAGAGUUCAUUCCCAACUCUGAUCAGUACAGAAUACUCUUCGAAGUGGCGCAAGAAGUUGCGGAGCCUUAUCUUGUCCAAUUGGAACAACAACAGUCAACGAAAAAAUUGUCCAUGAAAAUUUAAGUGAAACAAACUCAGACAAUUUUUCAAGAAUUGAACUAUAUUCUGCACAUGCGUUAAUGUGUGAUACCGGUGGAUAUUGAACAAUCAUCUAGUGAUUCAUUUUCUUUGUGUGCAAUCCGGCGAAAUCUGUAUGAAUAUUUUGUGCACAAAUACGAGACUUUUCAAUGCAAUUUUCUUGUAAAAUCCUACAGUAUUUUCAUUGUGUUGAUGUUUAUUUAGUUUUCCAAUGGAACGUUUAUUUUUUAUCGUUUCAGCUGAUACUUUAAGUUUUUAAUUCUUGAUGUAAGUUAUGUGCAUUUUUUUUAUAUUCCUUUUAUUUCGGAUGUUUGUUAACUUAUUUUUAAUCUAGCGUUCUUUCUCAUUCGGUUUUAGUUUCAUUGUAUAACUGUAUAUGAAUCAUACUAUUAUUAUAUUAAAUAUGCUGAAUAUUUUUUUAUUACAUAAUGUAUUACAUUUUGAAAUUUUUAGUGUAGCAUUUAAUAGUCCAUCUCAAAUAUCAGUUAUUAUAAAAUAAAGUUAUUUCGUGCCUUAAUUUUUCUUCAGAAAUGAGAAUCUAGAUAGUUAUGUACGAAAAAAAUAUUAUAAAAACAAUAACAGCGUUUAAUAAUGCAUAAAUGCCACAAAGCUGAUUUAAAAGCUUUUACUUAAAGAACUUCAUAUCAUACCCUUCAAACCGAAAUAUCUCACAAAUUAAAUAACUAAUAUUUGAGUUAACUAACUAAUUAUUGAUUAAAAUAACUAAUAUCUAACACAAAUUAAAUAAAUAAAUUAUGUAUUAUAAAUUCACGUAUAAUACAUCCAUUUUUAAGUGUUAUAUCUUAAGUGUUUCUCAUGUAUAGUCAAAUACAUUUUUUCAGAUAUUUAUUUGACAAUCACUAUAAAACUUAGAUUGUAACAAAAUUAUGUUUAGUAAAAUAUGUUUCGUAGGUUACUUAUGCUUAUUAGUUACUUUAUAGAGAUGUAGAUGAACUCUCAUGACAUAUUAGAGAAAACAAAUUCGUUAAUGGAAAAUUCGUUAAAAAUUUAUUUUAAACAAAGGUAUAGGAAAUAAAAUGUUUCUUGUUUUGUAAUUUAAUUGAUUUUUAAUUAUUUUAUAAAGAUGUGUGAUAGAGUAUGAUAUAGCAAUCUGUUAUACUAAAAAACAAUUAAAUUAAUGACAUGAUUUGUUUAAUGCAUCGAAAAUUCUUAAGUGAAUGAAUUUAAUAUAAGCGAUGUUUCUUAAAAUAUGAUGUACAACAAACUGUAGAUAGUUACUGAUAAACAAGUAUAACAAAGUCCAAAUAAA